AUGGGCCAAUCACCAUCCCAAUUCAUGGAGGACAUGCAAAAGCGGUCCAACUUCAAUGCGAGCGAGUUGGAGCGUCUGAAGAAACGAUUCAUGAAGCUAGACAGCGAUGGUUCGGGGUCUAUUGACCGUGAAGAGUUCCUGCAGAUACCUCAAAUCGCGAACAAUCCUCUAGCGUCAAGAUUGAUUGCUAUCUUCGAUGACGACGGUGGAGGCACAGUCGACUUCCAGGAGUUCGUCGGUGGACUGAGUGCGUUUAGCAGUCGAGGAGGGCGAGAAGAGAAGCUACGAUUUGCAUUUAAGGUGUACGACAUGGAUCGGGAUAAUUAUAUAUCAAACGGAGAACUGUUCCUCGUACUGAAGAUGAUGGUAGGAAACAACUUGAAGGACGGACAGCUGCAGCAGAUAGUAGACAAGACUAUUAUGGAGGCGGACAAGGACGGGGACGGGAAGCUCAGCUUCGAGGAGUUCGUGCAGAUGGUGUCGAACACGGACAUCGUAAAACAAAUGACACUGGAGGACCUUUUCUAG